AUGCAUGUUUCCCUGACAGCUGAUAAUUUGGCGCCAAAUCUGUUAAGAAAGAAAACGAUUUUUCGGUUUGCUCUUAUUUCUUCGAUUGAGCACUUUAAAAUGGCCCAGGCUAAAGUCCAAAGAAGACUAGAAUUUGCUGUCCGUAAAAAUGUUGUGUUGCGCAGUAGAAAAGAAGUCAUCAAAGUUUGUGAUAAGAAAAACAAACCUAUCAAGUCUGAAAUACCUUCCAAUAACAGUGAUGGGCCUUGCACUCCUCAACGAGGGUUGUGUAACAAAGAUGUUGCAGUCAGUGCCACUUUAAGUCGGAAGUGUCUCUCUCCCAUCAAAAAUAUUCAGCAGAACCAACUGGGAAGCCCCGUGAAGCGGUGCUUCUCUCCAGAGAAACGAAGCUGCAGUAGGCCACCACCAGUAACAGAUGAAAACCUGUGCUCGCCACAGAAACGAAAGAGAGAUCCCCCUAUUUUGGGCUCCCCUUCCAAAACACAGAAAUGUUUAUUCCCUCUCCAGCCGACUUCUCUAUCAAGUCCACAGAAGACUUCUCCUCUGAAGUCCUUACCAAAGCCAGCAGAAGAAUUUAAGCUCAAGUCUUGUCGAGAGAUUCUCAUUAAAAAACAACCUGACGCCAAUCAAUGUUAUCACAAGACGAAACAGGUGUUGAACACUGCACAGCCCGAACGAGUUGUCUGUCGUGAGAAAGAGCAGGCUAUGAUCAACACUUUCCUUAACAAACAUGUCUCUGCUAGAACAGGUGGCAGUCUUUAUAUUUCAGGUGCUCCUGGCACUGGCAAAACUGCAGUUCUCACAGAAAUGAUGAAAAACCUGAAGGCUAACAAAUCUCAAUGCAAUGUUGUCUACCUUAACUGCAUGGGAGUAAGAGAUUCAAUGGACAUCUAUGAUAAGCUGUACACAGAAAUCACUGGGAAAACCUGUGUUAAAAAGGGUGCCUCUCAACGAGAACUUUCCAGAAAAAUGGAGAAAUUUCUCUGCCAGAGUAAAAUAAGCAAUGUGUGGAUUUUGGAUGAAAUUGAUCAACUGGAUAGUAAGCAACAUGAGGUCCUUUACACUUUAUUUGAAUGGCCAGCACUUGAACGUUCAUCUCUUAUUCUCAUUGGUGUGGCAAAUGCUCUGGAUUUGACUGACAGAGUUCUGCCCCGUCUUCAAGCCCAACUUGAACUCAAACCAACUUUACUGAAUUUUGUCCCCUACACAAAGGAUCAGAUUGUUGAAAUUAUAGAAAACAGACUUGAACAGAUCAAAGAAAGUGGUCAGUGUAUGCUAGAACCAAGUGCCAUUCAAUUUUGUGCUCGUAAAGUUGCGGCUGUGGCUGGAGACAUGCGAAGAGCUCUGGACAUUUGUCGGAGGGCAAUUGAAACAGUGGAAACAAGUGUUAGACUUAGAAGUGUUCUGCAGCCUACAGAAAGCAAUAGCCCUACAAAAAAGUCGGAUGUUGCACCGAAGAAGAUUGGAAUUCCUCACAUUGCUCGAGUCAUCAGUGAAGUGUAUGGUUGCCGUGUCAUCGCUUCCACCCAAGACUCUGAAAGCAUUCCACUCCAGCAAAAGAUUGCAGUCUGUACUUUGUUGCUUUUAUUGAAGAAAGGGAAAAAACCAGCCAAAGAAAUUAAUCUUGGCAAUUUACACAAUAUGUUUAAAAAAGUGUGUCAGCGUUAUAAUGUUGUGGGAGUGGACCAGUCUGAGUUUAUCAACAUGUGUUCAUUAUUGGAUACCCGAGGGAUUAUUUCCACCAAAAAAGGCAAAGAGCCCAGAUUAAUGAAGGUCAGUCUUCGUUUGGAUGAACGAGAUCUGGAAGAUGCAUUGAAAGACAAGGCAUUUGUGGCCAGCAUAAUGGAAAAAGGCUUACCUUAA